AUGCGGGUUGCUCAGCGUUUACUCAUGGCUACGCCGGCCUCGAUCGGCUCGAAGUCCAGCCUCAGCGAGGCCCUCGCCCUUCUCCCGCCGCUACAGCUCUACCGGCGCAUUCUACGCGUCCAUCGCAAGCUCGAACCGGAAAUGCGCGUCCUGGGCGACUCUUAUGUGAAGAACGAGUUCCGUGCGCACCGGAAUGUGGAGAACCCAUUGCACAUUAUUGGGUUCCUGACCGAGUGGCAACUCUAUGCACAGAAGGUAGAGGCUGAGAAAUGGAAAGGCGAGAAGUUGGAGCAGGCCAAGCUGGACAAGUUGAGUGAUCAGCAACUCGGACAGUUGCUCGAACUUAUGCAGGCCCUCAAGAAUGAGGAAGGAGAAGGAGAGAGUAAAUGA